CUGCUGCACGGCGGCGAGACGGUGGUGUGGGGCGACGCCGGGUAUCAGGGAGUGGGGAAGAGAGCGGAGAACCUGGGGCUGGGGGUGGAAUGGCGGGUGGCAAUGCGUCCGGGGAACCGGCGAGAGCUGGAGCCCGGGAGCAGGGAGGCACUGGCGGAGAAGGUGAAAGCGUCAGUGAGAGCCAAGGUAGAGCAUCCCUUUCUGAGGCUGAAGCGGCUGUUCGGGUACGCCAAGGUACGCUACCGGGGUCUGGCGAAGAACGCGGACCGGCUGGCACUGCUGUUCGGGCUGGGCAACCUGCUGACGGCGGAGGGUCAACUGUCGGGGUAG